UAUUUAUAGAGAGAGAGUGUGUGUGUGUGUUUGGGAUGGGGCAGCAUUCAUGUUGUAAUCAGCAGAAGGUUAAAAGAGGACUUUGGUCACCUGAGGAAGAUGAAAAGCUCAUUAGGUUUAUCACAACGCAUGGCUAUGGCUGCUGGAGUGAAGUCCCUGAGAAAGCUGGGCUUCAAAGGUGCGGAAAGAGUUGUCGAUUGAGAUGGAUAAACUAUUUGCGACCUGAUAUAAGACGAGGAAAGUUUACACCAGAAGAAGAAAAAUUGAUAAUCAAUCUUCACAACGUUGUAGGAAACAAAUGGGCGCAUAUAGCAAGUCAUUUGCCCGGAAGGACAGAUAACGAAAUCAAGAACUAUUGGAACUCAUGGAUAAAGAAGAAGAUCAAUCGAAAGUUUUCUUCAUCAAGCAUGACAACACGCCUAAGUAAAAGUACUUCUACAAGCAUAGAUCAACAACAUCAGGGUUGUGGAUACAACCCGACCCAUUUGAGUUUCCUGACUCAAGAUAUGGACACAAACAACAUCAAGCAACCGAUUCAAGACCCCAUAUUCCCUUCAUCGAGCACAUUAUUCAUGCUAGACACUAGUGGUUUCGUACUUGAAGGGCAAAAUGGGGAUAGCAUUGCACAAACCGAAUAUUUCAAUGACUCCAUGUGGCAAAUGAACAAGAAUCAAAUCUCCGAAUUGCCCUCAUCAUUGUUGAACUUCACCACAAAUAAUGUCAUGUAUUCCAGUUAUUUACCACCUUUGAUUGAGAACUUGGAGAGCAUGGUAGAGGGGCAAAACUGUCAUUUGAACAAUGGGGAAGGAAGGGAGUGCUUAGAUCAAAAGCAACCUGUGUUUAAUGAGUGGACUGUGAAUCAAACAAGCCAGCAAUGUCCAAAUUAUUUAUUUUGGGAUGAUGAACAACAAGAAGUACAACUUGUUGGUGAAGAAAUGGUUGCACCUUCUUCAUCAAAUACGGGACCUAUCUUAUCAUCUUACCCUACAACAUUAUAGAGUUUUGCAUGAAACGGGUUUGACUAUUUCUACAUUCUUUCUUAUUUUAUUUUUUUGGAUUGGUGAGAUUUUGAAACAAGAGGAAUUGCACGCAUGAAUGCAAUGAUCUCUUUUGUUUAUGUUUAAAGAAUGACGUGACAAAAAAAUUGAGAGUACAACUUA